GUGGCGGGACAGCAUUCACUGGUGGUGUGCCGCCGCCCCUCGGUCCCCUGAGCCCCGGGUCGCCGCGUCGCCAUAUUGUGCUGCUGUAAUUCUUGGGAGGCUCUUCGCUCCCAAGACUCGUUUGUUCUUCUCCUUCGUGGAUUUAUCCCCUGACCCUACUAGUCUGUGUUCUGAAAGGAUACAGAACCCAUUUUCCUGUUUGUGGUGCGUAAUGGCUUGCUAAUCUGUCCAAGAUGUGUGUUCUCGCUGUCAGGGGAGUGCAGGUCCCUCGCCUCGCCGCGGUGGUGCAUGGACACGCCGCCUGCCAUGGACAAGAAGGCCUUGCCCAGGCUGCCUCAGCUGCCUGCUAAGAGCGGCCCGGAAGGCACCGUCAAGGACUAUGGAGGGAAGAAGUAUGUGGGCCAGUGUGCCCGCAAGAGGGAGUUUGACCGUCCCGACCCGGGGAAGAAGCCGGUGGCCGGGCGCGGUGGGAGGGCGGGCCAGCGCUAUGUCCGUCCCAGGGAGAAGAUGGGUGGCAAGGUAGAGUCUGGUGGACCACAAUCGGAAUCUGGGUCACUCUACUCUGCAGGUAGCAAAAAGCAGAAUAUUGCCCACCUGCUGGACUGGUGGGGCCCUGGACAUAGGGCCCAGAGUGGCGGUGGGAGAGGUGCCAGAGUGAGGCGCCACUCCAGCCAUGUCCCUAAGUACAGCAAGGAGCACUACCUGCAAGCCAACUGCCAGUUUGUGGUGGAUGACUCUGAGGACUACUCCAUCUACUCUGCCAAUCAAGACCUUUUAGUGGAGUGGAAGUAUGUGGAGGAGGUGCGACUGCAUGUCUCCAUGGCACCAUCCUGCCCCAUCUGCCUCCACCCUCCCACUGCUGCCAAGGUUACCCGCUGUGGUCACAUCUACUGCUUCCCGUGUAUCCUUCAUUACCUCGCUCUCUCAGAUAAGAAGUGGCGCAAGUGUCCCAUCUGUUAUGAACCCAUAGGCAAGGAAGAUCUUAAGAGUGUGGUUGCCAUCUGCCACAAGGAAUUUGCCAUUGGAGAGGAGGUGGAGCUGCAGUUGAUGCGUCGUGAACGGGACUCUCUCUUACCUGUGCCAGUCACUGCCUUCUCACAAGAAAUCAUUGCCCAGCCUCCCCGCUUGAGUCACCCAACUGCUGCCACACCUUAUGCCAAACUUUUGGUAGCAUCUAAAGAAGAGGUGAAGUCUUUUAUUGUGGCUAGAGAACAGCGUGAACUAGAACAACAACUGGAGGAAGAAGGAGACCAGCCUGAAGCUUGCUUCUUGGAGGAAGCCCUUGGUCUUCUCCGAGUUCGCCAGGAAGCCCUAAGUGGUGAUGCCACCCCUGAAGCAUGUAAACCUCCACUUGAGGAAGGGAUGGAGGCCAUGUCUCUCUCUAGUCCAGAUGAGUUAUCAUCCAGUGAGAGUUUGUUGUCCUUUGAGGAGGUCCUUAGUCCUGUGUCUCCGGUGGAAGGUGAAGUUUGUCCUAUGCCUGAUGACCCUCAGCCUCAAGGCCAGCAAGAAGAGGCCCCUCAGUCUACCAUCACUGUGCAGGAUUUGGACAUCUCUCAGCUGCAGCCAGUCAACACCACCAAUCCUGGAGGACAAGUGCAGCGCAAUACUCCAAAGGCCACAUUCUACUUCUACCAAGCCAGCAAUGGAGCACACAUCUACCUUCAUGCCCUCAAUGUGCAGAUGUUGGUGCAUGAGUAUGGUGCCCUGGAGAACUGCCCUCAUAUCAUCAAAGCCAAGGUGGUAGAAAAGGAGACGGUGGCAAUGACUGAAGAGCUGCGAAUGCGGCUGAGGUAUUUAAGACACCUGCCAGUCACUUGUAAUUUUGAUGUGGUUGAAGUAACUCUUCGUACUCCUCAUGUGUCAAAGGCUACCAUUGCAUUGUUCCAGGAUCAAAUAGAUGCAAGGAAGCGGAAAAGAAACAAGCGAGCUCGGGAAGAGCGAAAAAUUGAGAAGCGAGUGCAGGCUGAAGAAGAUCGUAUGAUGGGACGCUCCAAGGGGGCCACGAACAUCAAGAUAGAAUCCUUAAAACAGUUCCCUUCUUUCACUGAAGAUUUUCCUGCCAGAACCACCAAUGAAGUAAACGAAGGUGGUGGUGGUGGUUAUGAGGGUGCUGGCAAUGAGCUGAGCUCCAGCCCCAACAAUGAGGCUCUGGGCUCUUCAGCUCCAAACACCAUCACUACUGGCAUGUCAUUUGCAAAGAUGAUUCGUGAAGGACAGUCAAAACCAUCCCAUCCAAGCAGUGAGUCAGUGGACAUACGUGGUGUGGCCUGGCCCACCCUUGGAGGACCUACUCCCAAGAAUGACCGGUCAGCUUCCUUGAAGAGCUCUGGUGUUGGUUCAGCUGGACGUGGCUGGGAGUCUAGAAGCCGGGUGAGUGAAUCUUCAUGUGGUAAUUGUACUGAAGAUGAUGAAGAGAUGGCUGCACCUCCAGAGUACCGGCAUGCCUUCAGUAAUGCCAUGGCUAAGGCACUUGAUGCUGCUGCCGCUGCUAAGAAGUCUGCAGAUGAAGAAGUAAAGGAUGGAGGCAAGAAAGGGAAAAAUAAGAAGAAACAGAAGAAAGUCCUUCUGUUCUCAUCUGGAGGUUUGAACUGACAAGUUCUGUGGAAUGAUCUGGUUAAGGAAUAUUAACCAGUUUCAAGAUUUUUGAAGUUGCUGCAUUAUACAACCACUUGUUUCUUUUCUUACAUUUAACUUAUCAAAGCAUUAUUGAUCAUAUGGUUAUUAUGCUCAUGGUAAUAACUGCAGUGUAGUUUUGGUUAUUAUUUUGUCAGUUAUUUGCUUUCUUGGAAAUGCUCUAAUUAGUAUAUUUGUUUUAAUGGACGUUGUCUCUAAGUUACUUAGGAAUCUGUACUGUAUUUAUGGAAAUGCUGUGUUGUUGCCAUCAAGUUUCCCUAUGACUGCAUUUCAGAAUUGUAACAUUGCUGAGCUACUGUUGAAUGCAAACUUCCUGGUGUUUUGGAUUAAAUAUAUGAAGUUGAGUUUCUCUACUGCUUGUCUAAUGAAAACAUAAAAGCAAUGUUAAAGUGUGCUACUGCAUGAUUUUUAAAGUCUUUCUGAUGGCAUGGUUAUGCACUUUAAAUGCAGAAAUUAAAAUAGUGCAUUAAUUUUAAUUUCCAAAGCAUUGAUGUCAAAUGUGGGUUUUGUUUCUCUAGGAUACCAAAAAAGUUAAUACCUGUGGCAUUCAGUAGACCAGUGUCAUAAUUUUGCUUUGAGUGGAUGCUGAUGAUUCCAAACACCUCCAUGCUGUCCCUCUGUUCCUUACAAACCUGAAAUAUAACAUUCAGGUAGCAUGUUGAAAGAAAAGCUGAAACAUGCAGUACCUGUUGCUUAUUUAGUCAAUAAACCAUAAAAAAACUCAAACAAA